GAGUAUGGUGGCACCAAAGCUAGCCGGACCAAUGAAUGCAAUGCAGAUCUGUCUUCCGAAAAGUAGGAGCCAGCUGCUUUAUUGAUCAUCUGCUUUCUUUUUUCCCCCUUCCCUCCCCCUCACCAACACUGACACUUUUCACAGUCAGAGAGCAUUGCAGCAACACAACGUGGACGACAACGGCGGCGAGGAGGAGUAGGAGGUGGUGGUGGGCAAACAAAUCUCGGGAUCUGUAGCUUCCUUCCAUCUGCAACAUGAGCAGCGCCAGCGUUGAGCCUGCGACUUCGCCGGAGUUCGUGGACGACCGGCCGGUGGAUGAUUCCUUCGACACCACCUACAGGGAGAAGCAAGGAGCCAAGCCGGCGAUGAAGCUGGUGUGGCGGAACAUUACCCUGAUGGGGGCUCUGCACUUCGCUGCUAUCUACUCCUUCGUUCUGGUGCCUUUCGCGAAACCGCUAACCUGGCUAUGGGCCGCCUUUUGCUUCUUGCUCAGUGCCCUUGGGGUGACAGCGGGUGCUCACCGACUAUGGAGUCACCGGUCUUACACAGCCACCACGCCGCUCAGGGUGUUCCUGGCCAUUGCAAACUCCAUGGCUUUCCAGAAUCAUAUUUAUGAAUGGGCUCGGGACCAUCGAGUACAUCACAAAUUCUCAGAAACAGACGCUGACCCUCACAAUGCCACGCGUGGCUUUUUCUUCUCGCAUGUCGGCUGGCUGAUGGUCCGGAAGCAUCCAGAUGUGAUUGAAAAGGGAAGCAAGCUGGACCUCAGUGACUUGAAGGCAGACCCCGUUGUCAUGUUUCAGAAAAAAUAUUAUAAGCCCUCGGUGGUGCUAAUGUGUUUCUUCAUUCCCACGGUGGUUCCCUGGUAUUUCUGGGGUGAGUCACUCUGGAACGCGUACUUCAUCGCUGCCAUCUUGCGGUACACAUUGGUAUUAAAUGCCACCUGGUUGGUGAACAGCGCGGCCCACAUGUUCGGGAACCGGCCCUAUGACCGAUGGAUCAACCCCCGUGAGAAUCGAUUUGUCGCAUUCGGUGCGAUCGGUGAAGGGUUCCACAACUACCACCACACGUUCCCGUAUGACUAUUCAACCAGUGAGUAUGGUUGGCGAGGGAAUAUCACCACCUGCUUCAUCGAUGCAGUGUGUUGGCUCGGACUGGCCAGUAACUGUAAGAGGGUGUCGAAGGAGGCCAUCUUGGCUCGCAGGAGGAGAACUGGCGACGGUAGCAUCAGGAGUGGCUGAUCGUGUUCGAGUGAGCAGACUGUUGAGUCACUGAUGCCCCCUCCCCCCAAUGCCAAAGACGCCAGCAGUCAUGAAGGUGGUUGUCAGCGGCUAAAUUACUUUGUUUUAAGGUGGAAUCUCUUUUGCUCUACUCCCUUCAUAAUCAAUCUUGGUUCUGUGUCCCAGUUAAAAUAAUAGACUGAGGGUAGCAGAACAAGCUUUUCAGUUAUAGUGCUAGUGUUUCAUUGUUGACAGUAGACAUUGUUCACUCUGCAUUUGGAUUUAGCAUCUUGCUGAAUGGUAUUCUUUGGGGCCAUGUGACAUAAACCCUCUUUUUUUUUAACCAGUGUUAGGAGUCCAUGGAGGAUGCACUUGUUCUCAAGUCCCACUCCUCCCAUACGUUUCUUUACACAGGUAAAAUUCCACCUUAAAACAAUUCCAUCUUAACUAUCGCCUCAGCCACAUGGAAGAGAAAUACAACACAAACCGUCUUGGCGGAGGGAAGUGCUUUUGCAGAUAUUUAGCACUUAAUCCCGUACCUGAUAUGCAGAAAUGAUUUAGAUAACGAUGGUGUGGCCACUCAAAUUCCUGGCUAUUUGGUGAAUAUUUUUUUUUCUUUGUUUGGAGGAAAGGGUCAGUUGAUGCCUCGUCGUGCACCCCUGCCUGUGUCUCAUUUCAAAUCCAAGGUUGGCCACAAUAGUUGCACAGUAUACUGUACACCCAUUGCCUUCACUACACUAAUAAGCUGAUGGAUUUUAGGUUUGCCACUAUAAACCAUGUGUCCUGAGAAACCAGCCUUUAGUGCCAGCAGCCAGGGGCAGCCCCACGAGCUCUACUCUUCCGCAAAUAAACCACAGCCUCGAUCCAUUCCAAAUGCUGACCAGUAACAUUCUAUUUUCUUCUGCCCAACUGGGUGGGGGGGGGAGGGAAAAGCAAAGGCCCAGAGAUUAAUUCUGUACAUAAUUGGUUUAACAUUAUUAUUAUUAUUGCGUCCCCCAUCCUGUCCUCUACUCUCCCCUGUAAUCUCUCGCUAACACCACAAUCUCUUUAAAACAGCUGAACAUUGGAGCUUCCUUUUUUUAUCUUUGUGAAAGGGGGUGAGGAGGUGAGUGGUGGCAUUAACCAUUGGCACACAUUGUGCCUCUUCAGACUCUUUAUUGAAUGACAUUACAUUUUAAAAAAAACUCAACAUUAGUAAGCACGUGAAUAAACCUGCACCAAAUAAGAUCCUUGUUUCUAAUAUUUCAACGGUUCUAUCAUUUCUACUGGGUUGCUUAUGGAGUUCUUCUGGAAUGGGCGUUUUGAUGGUUGGGACUGUCCCAUGUGGAGCUUGUAUUGAGACGUUUUGAAAAUUUUCAAUCUUAUCGUUUGUUUGGUGUACGGUGUGAUCAUUGUUGUAUUGUUGUGUGACUAAAUGUUUGUCGUGCUUCAAUCAUGCAAAUUUCAUAGUAAUAUAAUUAAAACAUUAUAAGAGAAAA